AUGCCGUUAGAUCCCGAGUCCAUGUUCUUUGAUAGAAGGGACCCAAUGCUAUCAGAAAAGCUCGAACAAGUGGAGUCCAUGCUACUAGCGAAGCUUGAGAGAGGGACUCCAGAGAUAUGGAAAUUCACCAAAGGCGACGAAGAAUUGACCGAAGCUCUCAAGAGAAUUAUGGCUUCCCUCUGGCUGGCGCAGGCCAAAAUCCACGACGCCGUCCGCAUCCACGAGCAUUUCCAGGCUCGUGGCAAGUUCACCGUCGGUCCUCAAGAGGUCCGGCAUCAGCGUCAGAACACCGUCGAUGCGAUUGAUGAACUCAUUCAGCUGCUCUUGGGAGUCAGGUUUGACCCUGAUAGCGGCGAGUGGAUCGCGAUCGAUCUGAAGCUGUACGCCUCACGCGCUCAAACUCGGUAUGCGAAUGAUGAAGGGCGGGGAGGAGGGAAAGAGGAGGAGGAGGUGGAGGCGGAAGAAGAAGGAGAAGGAGAGGGAGAAGAAGGAGAAGAAGAAGAAGAAAGGGAGGAAGAAGGAGAGGAAGAGGAGGAGGAGGAGGAGGAGGAGGAGGAGGAGGGAGAAGAUGAAGACGAAGAUUAUGAGGAAGAAGAAGAAGAAGAAUCGCCGGUGGAGUAG